UGCAGCAUAAGCAGCGUGUUCAUGCCGAUCUCUGGCACAACGAUGCGGGCGAGAUGAAUGACGGUCCCCUAUGUCGCUGCUCUGCCAAGUCGCGCCGCAGCGGCAUCCGGCAUGGCAUCUAUCCCGGAGAGACCGGCUACAAGCUGUGCGACAAGGCCACAAACAACGCCGCCCACCAACUUUCUGACCAAGACGCCAACUAUUAUCAAACACGAUGAGCACGAGUUUCUCUUCGAGGGAUUCUCGCUGCUGUCACACGUGCGCCUCACCGAUCUGCCGGUCUGCAAGGUGAUUCGCUUCAAUAUAGAGUACACAAUUGAAUACGACGAGGAGAAGAUGCCCGACAACUUCACCAUUCACGAGCUGGACCUUUUUUUCAAAUACCUGUUUCACGAGCUGCUGGAGCUGGUUGACUUUAACCUGGAGCCCAAUACUGGAGCUGAUGGUGUUGAAUCCUGCCCAGCGUUUCAUUUCCUCCCCCGGUUCGUGCGUGACCUGCCCGACAAUGGCAAAGAGGUGUUGGCGAUCUGUGAGGUACUCAAGAAUCUGCUGGACAACUCGGCCGAACUGGUGGAGCGGCAGCAGUUGCUUCACCUGAACCAGAUCAGUCAGAGCGAAUGGCAGACCUAUGUGGACUUUAUAAAGGGCAUGCUGGUGACCAAGCCGGGCCACAAGCCAUGCUCGUUGCGUGUGGACCAGUUGGACAGGAACAACUCGGACUUGCCCGAGUGCGUGCACCACGAGUCGGGUAUCUCGCAUCCGGCCAUUGUGCACUUUGGCAUACGUCCUCCCCAGUUGAGCUAUGCGGGCAAUCCGGAGUACCAGAAGGCCUGGCGUGAUUCCGGCAUUUAAUGGCAAACAUGUCGA